UAGCUUGGUUUGGCUGUUCGCUGUCGCAGCAGUUGCAGUCGCAGUCACAGUCACAGGACAGGGACCGACCGCCAAUCACCAAAACACCCCUCACGACCUCACAACCUCACCACCAUCUUACAACAACCUUACUACCUCACAACCUCUCGCCCUCUCGCUCUCACAACCCUAACCUACAACCGACGUAACUGUCUACAUUGCUUCCAGCGAAAAGUCCUACCUUGCCUCACGCAAGCUCGACCCUCACUCGUUACCUCCACCCUCACCCUGCCGCCAAACGCAUCCUGCAAUCCCUCAUCCCAUAAUCAUGGCUCGCUCCCGCCGGCCACAACGAGACACCAGCGUAGCUCGAUCCGACACCUCCGCUUCUACUUCCCCCGAACGAGGGGUGGUAGACUUGGACGAUGACAACGACUCUCUCAUGCUGAAUGCGAACGACUCCCAGUCCUCCCUCGCUCCCUCCGUGUCCCCCGACUCCAACGAAGAAGCCGCCCGCCGCGCCCUAGAGGAGAGAUGUCGCGUGUCGCCCAUAUCCAGGUUACCUGCAGAACUCAUGAUCCACAUUUUCUCCAAGCUUUCGUCCACGGGAGAUCUAUUCAACUGCAUGAUGGUGUCAACGGAAUGGGCGAGGAAUAGCGUCGGUUUGCUAUGGCACAGGCCCUCGACAAGCAAGUGGGAGGGUGUGAAGAACGUCAUAACAACAGUCAGGACGACCAAAAGCUACUUUGAGUACAGCAACCUGAUCAAGCGUUUGAACCUGUCUGCUCUGAACAGCGAUGUUAGCGAUGGCACUCUGCAGCCACUCUCUAGCUGCAAGCGCGUGGAGCGCCUCACCCUUACCAACUGCUCGAAGCUCACCGACUUGAGUCUGACGGCUAUGUUGCAAGGGAAUAGGAGCCUUCUUGCGCUAGAUGUCACAAACUUGGACGCCAUCACAGACAAGACCAUGUUCACGCUGGCGAGCAAUGCCAUUCGCCUGCAGGGGCUCAAUAUUACAAACUGCAAGAAGAUUACGGAUGAAUCGCUCGACGCUGUGGCCCGCGCUUGCCGACAUUUGAAGCGACUCAAAUUGAACGGUUGUAGCCAGCUCACCGACAAGGCUAUCAUCUCGUUCGCUCUGAACUGCCGCUACAUCCUCGAAAUAGAUCUGCACGACUGUCGGAACCUCGAGGACGAAUCAAUCACUACCCUCAUCACAGAAGGACCUCAUCUGAGAGAACUACGACUGGCUCACUGCUCGAGAAUAACUGACCAAGCCUUCCUGCGUCUUCCAUCCGAGGCGACUUAUGAGAGUCUCCGCAUUCUGGACCUCACGGACUGUGGCGAGCUCCAGGAUGCCGGUGUGCAGAAGAUUAUCCAAGCUGCUCCUCGACUUCGCAACCUCGUUCUCGCGAAAUGCAAGCUCAUCACGGAUCGUGCAGUCCUGGCCAUCACACGUCUUGGCAAGAACCUGCACUACAUCCAUCUAGGCCAUUGUGCUCGGAUCACCGACACUGGCGUCAUGGCUCUCGUCAAACUAUGCAGUCGCAUUCGAUACAUCGACCUGGCAUGCUGCUCCAACUUGACAGAUCAAUCCGUGAAGCAGCUCGCCACACUCCCCAAGCUGAAGCGCAUCGGAUUGGUGAAAUGCAGCAAUAUCACCGAUCGCAGCAUCUAUGAUCUUGCCAAACCGAAGCAGUCCGGACAUGGCGGACCCAUAGCCCCAAGCGUACUAGAGCGAGUUCAUCUGAGUUACUGCAUCAACCUCACCCUGCCAGGAAUCCAAGCUUUGUUGAACAACUGCCCACGGCUCACACAUUUGAGUUUGACUGGCGUCCAAGCUUUCCUGCGCGAGGAUCUCGUGGUCUUCUGUCGCGAAGCCCCACCUGAAUUCACCGAGCACCAGCGAGAUGCGUUCUGUGUCUUCAGCGGGGUUGGCGUAACACGGCUGCGCAACUACCUGAAUGCAGACGCUCUGUCUGACAGCCGUCAAGGGCGUGUGCUCUUUGACAAUGACGGAACCAUGUUCGACGACGGCGAGGAACCCGAGAUGAUUGUCAACGUCACUGCUCAGGCAAAUGGCAUGGCAAUCGACGAGAUGAUGGACGAGGACAUUGGCGGCGAUAGCGAACUGAUGGAUCAGAACUAGGUCCAGAUGAGGUUUGGUCAUAUUGGCUGACAUUGCGUCCUGUCGUCCACCUCAUUCCCAGCCCCCAACAAAGGGUAGUCGACAUAAAAGUUCAUGGUUCUCACUCACGAACAAAGAGGCACCUUCAUUAUUCCCCAUCGGUGCCACUGCCGAAUUCGGUUUACUAGCAUUAGCGAUUCCUUUUUAACCUUUCUUAUGUUCAUAUUGCAGGCAUUGCGGGAAUACACAGGGAUCCAGACAUCUAUUUCAUCAUUUUUUUGUUCUUAGCACAUGAGUUUUCAGUCACGGCCGGCAUUAGGUGGGGUCUCAUACUCUGCGGAGGAAUACGGUGCA